AUGACUGCGCCCAUCCAAAAGGUCCUGAUCGCCGACGACAUCGAGCAAGAGUGCGUCGACAUUCUCGAGCAGAACGGCAUCGCGGUGACGGUGCAGACGAAGCAGACAAAGGCCGAACUUCUCGAGUCCCUGCCACGCCACGACGCCGUCAUCGUCCGCAGCGCCACCAAGAUCACCGCCGAUCUGCUCGUCGCGGCGGCCGGGAAACUGAAGUUGGUCGGAAGGGCCGGCACCGGAGUCGACAAUAUCGAUGUGCCCGCCGCGACGGCGAACAAGAUUCUCGUGAUGAACACGCCGCGUGAGUUGGGCAUCAGGGUCAAUUUGGAAUCCUAGGGCAUCUUCUGGGCAUCUCUAGGAAUCAUGCACUAGUUUCAGGGAUUCUAGGUGAUCAAGGGAAGUGAAGGUUCGUCUUGGAGAAACCUGGACACUCUAGUAGGCCGGCUGUAAGAAUCUAUAAACAUUUAGGCUUCUCCAGAAUCUCUAGGAACUUUCCACAGACUUUACGGAUCCUAGGCGACCUCCUAGGUCCUCUUCGCAUAACCUGGGGCGCCUAGACCACGUUCCAAACAACCCGAUCGAUUUUGCAGAAGCCAACUCCCGUUCAGCGGCCGAACUCACGUGCACACUCAUCCUUUCGCUGUCUCGCCACGUGCCCCAAGCCGCCGCCUCGAUGAAAGCGGGCAAAUGGGCGCGCAAGGACUUUAUGGGCGAGGAGGUCUACGGCCGAACUCUCGCAGUGCUGGGCCUCGGCCGCAUCGGAACCGAAGUGGCCGUGCGGCUCCAGGCCUUUGGAAUGCGGGUCAUUGGAUACGAUCCGAUCGUGACGAAGGAGCAGGCGGAGGCGAAGAACAUUGAGCUGCUGCCGUUGGAGCAGAUUUGGCCGCAAGCCGACUACAUUACGGUCCACGUGCCGCUCAUUCCGCAGACCGCCAAUCUCAUCAACAGAGACAGUGAGUGCAUUUCUACUGAACAGCUCCCAUAUCCGAAUCAUUUUCAGCGCUUGCCCUGUGCAAAAAGGGCGUCCGCAUCAUCAACGUGGCGCGCGGCGGCAUCGUGAACGAGCCGGACCUCGUCGAUUCGCUGAACGCGGGCCACGCGAAGGGCGCCGCGUUCGACGUGUUCGAGCAGGAGCCGCCGACGUUCCGCGCGCUCGUCGAACAUCCGCUCGUGAUCGCCACGCCCCAUCUCGGCGCCUCGACGAUCGACGCUCAACUGCGCGUCGCCACGGAGAUCGCCGACAAUAUUGUCAAUUUCAACAAGGGCACCGUCCUCGGAGCCCUCAAUGCUAAGGAAGUUCUUUAA